AAAGGUAAGCAUGCCUUUCAAAAAUUUGUAGUUUUCAGACCACCUCAAAACCACCAAACAUGAAGCUCGCAACAGCAUUAAUCUUAAUUAUUGCUUUGGCUUUAGGAUGUCAGGGAGCUAUCCUAAGACCAAACCCUAGAUCCCCACAACCAGAUAAUGAAGAAUCUGUGUUAAAAACUACUUACGAACACCAGGGAAAAUCCCUUUUAAAUAAUGCUACCCCAGGAGUACAAAAUUCCAAAGACGAGCCAGAAAAGAGGAAACCAAUCUUGCCAGGAGUGCCAAACCCAUUCCCAAAGACUGAGGAACAAUCAAGACCCAUUCUUCCAGGAGUUCCAAACCCAAUAUCUGAAAAAGUCACCAAAAGGCCCAAUCUACCAGGAAAAACGCUUUCUGAAGAACUUAUCCAUGAAAAAUUCUUGCCAGGAGUGCCAAAUCCAUUCCCCAAGACUGAAGAACAAGCAAGACCCAUUCUUCCAGGAGUUCCAAACCCAAUAUCUGAAAGAGUGACCAGAAGGCCCAAUCUACCAGGAGUGCCAAACCCGUUUCCCAAGACUAAAGAACAAGCAAGACCCAUUCUUCCAGGAGUUCCAAACCCAAUCUCUGAAAAAGUAACCAGAAGGCCCAAUCUACCAGGAAAAACACUUUCUGAAAAACUUGCUCGUGUUAAUUUCUUGCCAGGAGUGCCAAACCCAUUCCCCAAGACUAAAGAACAAGCAAGACCAAUUCUUCCAGGAGUUACAAACCCAAUCCCCGAAAGAGUGACCAGAAGGCCCAAUCUACCAGGAGUGCCAAACCCGUUUUCCAAGACUAAGGAACAAGCUAGACCCAUUAUUCCAGGAGUUCCAAACCCAAUCUCUGAAAGAGUAACCAGAAGGCCCAAUCUACCAGGGAAAACACUUUCUGAAAAACUUGCUCGUGUUAAUUUCUUGCCAGGAGUGCCAAACCCAUUCCCCAAGACUAAAGAACAAGCAAGACCAAUUCUUCCAGGAGUUACAAACCCAAUCUCCGAAAGAGUGACCAGAAGGCCCAAUCUACCAGGAGUGCCAAACCCGUUUUCCAAGACUGAAGAACACACAAGACCCAUUAUUCCAGGAGUUCCAAACCCAAUCUCUGAAAGAGUGACCAGAAGGCCUAAUCUACCAGGGGUGCCAAACCCGUUUUCAAAGACUGAAGAACGAGCAAGACCCAUUCUUCCAGGAGUUUCAAACCCAAUCUCCGAAAAAGUAACCAGACGGUCCAAUCUACCAGGGAAAACACUUUCUGAAAAACUUGCUCGUGUUAAUUUCUUGCCUGGAGUGCCAAACCCAUUCCCCAAUACUAAAGAACAAGCAAGACCCAUUCUUCCAGGAGUUCCAAACCCAAUCUCCGAAAGAGUGACCAGAAGGCCCAAUCUACCAGGAGUGCCAAACCCGUUUUCCAAGACUAAGGAACAAGCUAGACCCAUUAUUCCAGGAGUUCCAAACCCAAUCUCUGAAAGAGUAACUAGAAGGCCCAAUCUACCAGGGAAAACACUUUCUGAAAAACUUGCUCGUGUUAAUUUCUUGCCAGGAGUGCCAAACCCAUUCCCCAAGACUAAAGAACAAGCAAGACCAAUUCUUCCAGGAGUUACAAACCCAAUCUCCGAAAGAGUGACCAGAAGGCCCAAUCUACCAGGAGUGCCAAACCCGUUUUCCAAGACUGAAGAACACACAAGACCCAUUAUUCCAGGAGUUCCAAACCCAAUCUCCGAAAGAGUGACCAGAAGGCCUAAUCUACCAGGGGUGCCAAACCCGUUUCCUAAAACUGAAGAACGAGCAAGACCCAUUCUUCCAGGAGUUUCAAACCCAAUUUCCGAAAAAGUAACCAGACGGCCCAAUCUACCAGGAAAAACACUUUCUGAAAAACUUACCCGUGUUAAUUUCUUGCCAGGAGUGCCAAACCCAUUCUCCAAUAUUAAAGAACAAGCAAGACCAAUUCUUCCAGGAGUGCCAAAUCCAUUCCCCAAGACUAUAGAACAAGCAAGGCCCAUUCUUCCAGGAGUUCCAAACCCGUUUUCCAAGACUAAGAAACAAGCUAGACCCAUUAUUCCAGGAGUUCCAAACCCCAUCUCUGAAAGAGUAACAAGAAGGCCCAAUCUACCAGGAAAAACACUUUCUGAAAAACUUGCUCAUGUUAAUUUCUUGCCAGGAGUGCCAAACCCAUUCCCCAAGACUGAAAAACAAGCAAAACCCAUUCUUCCAGGAGUUCCAAAUCCAAUCUCCGAAAGAAUUACAAGAAGACCAAAUCUACCAGGAAAGCCAAAUCCUGGAUAUUAAAAAGGAAAUACCCAAAACUAAAAAACUUAAACUUACUCCCUUUUUUCCUUGAGUUAUCCAUCAAACUCAAGACAAUAAAUUAAAAUGUUGUUUU